CUACCCUCCAUACUAGCAGGAAUAUUUUAGAGUUGAUUAUCCUCACUCUAGUUCUCCUCCUUCAGAAUCAAGUGAAAAUGCUGCAAGAAAUUCUGGUGGUUGUGAAAUUCUUUGGGAUUCCUCACUACAAAAUGAAAAUCAAGAUACUGGGUUCUUCUCAGAAGAAGGUAACUCCCACCCCCAGAUGACAUCAUUAUCCACUACUCCAGUGGACACACCUACCUCAGGGCAUGAAGGUGUCCAGUACCAAAUCAGUGCAUCCAGUCUAAGUAUACUUGAAGGUGGAAAAACUAAACAUCAGAUUCAGUCAAUGACAAGCCUCUCCAACAAGCAGUUUGAUCACUUUGAAAUAGUACUAGCCAGACCCAACACUCCUGAAGGAGCACAGCCUGAUAGAAACUCCCCCUCACUAGUGACCGGACGUCAUAUCAACAGGCCAAACCAGACUGACCCAGUGGAAGUGGAUGUUGUCCUAGAAAAUAGUCAAGGAAUUGAUGGAGCUGUAGAACAUUAUGAUGCCACAGAAAAUAAUGGUCUCCUGGAAGAAACGAAACAGGUAACAAUGUGCUGUUGUGCAACAGUUAUUGUGCAAUAAUUAAAUAAUUAUCUGAAAAGAAGGAAAAGCCAAUCAAACCAUGUGGCUUCUGUCUGGGUCUCAGAAAUCUACAGUUUGCAAGAUUUAUAUGUUGAUUGUUUUGUCUAGGGGUCAAAAUUCAAGUUAGCUUGUAUGAGAUGUAAAAUGAAAUACUCAAUUAAAAGUCAGCUGAUUGUCUUCUACCUGAACUGGAUUCAUUUGUGUAGAGAUAACAUAUUUGUACAAGUAGUUGUAGAAUUUUAGGCUGUGUGGGCCUUAAAACUCCUAUCAUUAAACUGCUUUAAUUGAACACAACAAAAUCCUCAGGUUUGAUUUAAGACUUGAAAGUGUCCUAUUUACUCCAGAAUUGUCUGGAACACAUGAGAAUUAAUCAUAUAUUAAACCAUAAUUUGUUAUAUUUUAGGUGCUUGAAUGUAUUUCUUAAACUAAGACUGUAUCAUCAUGACUUUUUUUCAGAAAUUAGAAUCCUCAGAGAAAAGUGUCCUGUAUUUAACAAAGGUAAGUUGUGUAUGAAUCAAUAGAGGAUUUUUAAAUAUUCAAUAGAAAUUUUAAUUGAGUGAAUGGUCCAACCUGUUUCAAAAUUUUUUUUGAUAUUUGUACUGUUGCCAAAAGCCAUUAGAGAAAAAGAUCUGCAUAACAUGCCUCAACCUUAAUCUGUGUAAUUAUUAAAGCUUUAAAUAGUGGUAAUGCCUUUUUCCCAAGUGUUUGGAAGAAGCUGCUCAUGUCAAAGAGAAAUAAAGGAUUUCCUUAUAGUGUUUGCACAAUAACUUUUCUUUAGCUGUAGUUAUUUCUAGCUUCAUAUUUACAUAAUACACAGUUUGCCACAAAAUCUUUGUGUAGUGACACUUUCCCCUCUAUUCUUUAUUUUGUUUUAUUUAAUUUGUUAUUGGUUGCCAUAUAAAGGUUUGAAAAAUGUAGUGAAAUGUUGAUUGUUUAAUAAUUUUUACUUAAACGCAGGUAUUUCUUCUACUUAAUUAUAAUAUAAAGGCAGUCAAUUGCAUUCAAACUCUACAAACUUAGGGUAUUGGAUGAUAGAAGAAUUGAGAGCACAUCAUGGAAUGGUCUUAUUUUGAAUUGCCUAACUUGAUAUUGUAAUCAUUUCAUCAGAAAUUAAGAGAAAAAGAGUCAUGUUGCCAAACUCUCAGGGCAGAUCUGUUCCAGUCGAGGCAAACUUUGAAGGUAUGUCAAGAGUGAGGAGUUGAAGAGGCUAAAGGGAGCUAUUCAAGGCAGUUUUAAGUGCUUUUUAUGUUUAGACUCAUUGUAAUAGCCAGUUAUUUGUUGAUAACUCCAGAUGGCCAGGAGGUGAAAGGUGUCUUCACUGGCUUGAAAUGUCUCUGACCUUAAAAUGAUUUAGCAAUGGUUAUUUACAGUAGAUCUGUAUAUUCUAUUGUGUUACAUUAACUAGUAGAUGUGGGAGCAGUCAGUCUUUGAGUUUCGUAUUCAUUAUCACCACAAAACUGUGACUGCUGUGUAUACUCUUUUAAUUAUGACUGGUUUGUUCUAGGAAUCCAGGCAGCAGUGUGCCAAUUUAAAGGUUUUCAGUGAUCAUUUGCAGGAAGAAAAUCAAGAGGUAAGACAAAGCAUCAUACAGUCAAGCAGAAAGACCACCUGUUUAGAUCCUUAGCAGAUCCUGACAUUAACAUUUGGCUCUCAGUUAAGGAACUUUCAAUCAUUUCUGAAAAUCCUUUAGUGGAAUUGUUUUUGAAAGUAGAUGCUGUAAUUACUGUUCCUUUUUGCUGAAAAAUACUAAGGAACCAAAGUCAUAGAAAAAAAUGAGAAUUAUACCAAUUAUUGUCACUGCUUCAAAGAAUCAUCAAUUAAGCUUCUAUAUAAUGUUUCAGAUGGAAAAGAAAUACUACAUUACUGCUUUAAUCAGUGCUUGUUGAUGUUUAAUCUACAUUUAAGUAGGCUUAUUUCUGAGUGAAAUUUAGUUUAUUUAGAUAGGUAUUCAGUCUUUAUAUUUACUUAGUAUUGCUUCUAUUUACUUAAAAUUAGUCCUCCCAAAUGUAAUAUGAGACAGCUUUCUUAAAGGUAUUUUUAAGUGGUUUAAGACUAUUGAUAUUAAUAAGACUGAUUGUCUAAAGUUAAGGUGAAGGUGAAGUUUGCCAUCUUAAAAACUAUUAUUUCUUUUCUUUCAGCUGAGGAGAAGUUUGGAGGAACAGCAGCAUUUGUCAUAUAGGAUACUUGAGGUUUGGUUUGCACUUUGAUUACUUCAGUAUUGAGCUCUGAAUAUUAUUCACUGAUUUACGACAUGUGAAUCUGGGUGUGGACUUAAUUAUCACAGCACUUCACAGGAAUCAACAUUGCUUGAAAGAUUUCUAGUGAAAUAUUUGCCUACAUUUGAGUGAGUGUUUUUUGUAUGUUUGUUUGUUUGUCAGGUUGUCAAUGUUGUUUUUGUGCUGUCUAAUCACAGCUCAAGUUAUGCCUGGCAAAAUAGUUUUUACUAGCAAAGUGUAUCUUUGAUGCAUAAUUGUUGCAGAAGCGACCUUUUAACAUUGGGAGGCAAUUUCUCUCUUGACAUAUCAUUCCUUGUGGUUCUCUGUUUUCUUUCCCAGUUUGACUGUGCUGGAGUGAUAUCACUCCCUGAAAAAAACUUUAAAACUCUAGAAAUUAAUAAACAUGAAACAUUUACACAUGUAAUAAUUGUUUCAGGACAAUCGCCGGUUGUGGUUAUUAGUAGCAAGGCGAGCCAGUGAUGUUGCAUCUGAAGGAAGCAGGGCAGCUUUAGAGGAGGACAAUGCGUCAGAUAGAAGCGUAAGUGCAAUUUUUAACCGUUCUGUGAUUUAAAAAGUCAUGGCUCUAGUACAUCAAUGGUUGCAUUUGGCAUCAAAGCAGCUGGUGUUGCAUAAAAUCCAAGCUGCGUGAAGUUACCAUAUUUGAUAUGUACUUUAAACCUUGGAAUCUUGUUCAUACUGAUGCUAAUAUAGGACCAUGUUGUUACUUUUUGCCAAGAGUACCUUGAGCUUGAAGAAGCAAGGUUAUGUAUUCAUUAUGAACUUUGGUAUUGAGCUGGAUCUAGACUUCUUUUACUGAAUUUCUGAGUGCUAUAAUGUAAAAGCUUUUUACAUUGAUGAUUACUGAUGUCUGAUUUGUGUGUAAGUUUUUUCUUUGUUUUUUUUGUUUUGUGUAAUGUUUCUAUAAUUUUGUUUUUACAUUGAAGAGGAUCCAUCAAAUGGACCAAGGAAGUGAAUGUUCUCAGACCCAAAUAGCAAAUCUGAGAAGAGAGAGUCAAGAACUUUCUGAGGUACUUUGUGUGUGAUUGCUUUGGAUAAACUUAAUAAACAUUUGUUGUCACACUCAUUUACUUUAUUCACUUAUUCUCCAUAUAAAGCAAAAGGUCAAGUGAAAAUAAAUCACAAAAUGCUUACUGAUUUGAUGCACUUAGAAAUGUAACAGGAUAUUGAAAAGUGAAACUAUAUAUAAAUAAAUUUGCAUACCAACAUUUGCGGUUCUAGUUCUCAGGAAAAUAUCCAAACAUAUGUGUUCACUAACUCAACUAAUCAUUUACUCAUCAAGUUUCAUAUACUGCAAUACGAUAAAGAUUAUGAUGUCAUGGUAACAUUGUGAUUCAAGUGAACAUUUAAUUUACAUUUUGAGAUGAAUAGAAAAUGUUAGGAAAAUGUUAGGCAAAUAAAAGUUUGUCUGGAUAUUUUAUUCAGACACACCUACUGUAAAAACAUUUUAACAUCAGCAGAUGUAUACACUCAAUUUCAAGAAACAUUGACCCUAAAAAGCGCAAGCAAUGAGCUUUUGAUAACCACAAUUAAUUUAGUUGCACGCUGUAAAUAAUAGAAACCAUCUACACUCUCUUGAAAAAAAAAUUAUUAUAAACAAAGAUUUUUUUGUGAGUAAUGGAAAUAAAGCAUUGAUUAUAUGUAACUGAAAUAUUUUCACUCUUUCUUGUAUUUCAGGACUUGAAUGUAGUAGAAGCUGGCGAGGAGAGUGAUGAUGGUGAAGAAGUAUUUGAGGAUGCUCUGGAUCAUUUGUGAUUGGUGUAAAUCUGGAGAGAAAGUUUACCUGCUCAUUCUUAGAUGGUUUGACAUCUGAAUUUUGUUGUGUAACUAAAUGUCAAUUGGUCUUUGAAUUGCAUUUGAAAUCGGUGACAACUUUUUCUAUGUGAGAAGUCAUGUGCUGUAAAAAGUAGGCAAAGUUAGCUGAAUUUUAUAAGGGUUAUUACAUCAUGCGAGCAACUUUUGUGAGUGCUCAUGCUUUUUAAAAUUGUUUGGUGAAUAUAAUUUUUUAAUGAUAUUGAAAAUGAUGGUGAAUGUCUAUUUAAGGUGUUGCUAUGUAGAAUAAUUAGUUGUAUGCAACGAGUAAUUUUUCAUAUGAAACAGUUGGCCUUUCCAUACAAAGCUGCAAGAGGAAAAAGAAUAGUAGCGUAUGCACGUUUGUGCCAAAAGUCCUAAUGCAAGAAGCAGUCGUGUCUUCAUUUGUGAUUUUCCAAAGUUUCCAAGAAGUUUUCUCUAUUGUAUAUUUUGUAGCUACCCCUUUAACGCAAUCUCCGUAAAGUGGAUUAUGUACUUUUAACUGUUUAUGAUAAUUUAAAUAUUCUAUUAGAUUUAGUGUUGUUUACAUCAGUAUUUAUAAGCUGAGGUUUUUAUAACGUUCAGAAUCACUUUUUCUAGAUUUUCCUACAAACUCAUUCCAUGAAUUCAUUUUAUUACAUGGUGUAUCACUUAAUUCUCAAACUUAUUCCAUGAAUUCAUUUUAUUGCACUAAGUGUAUCAUUUAAUUCUCAAACUUAUUCCAUGAAUUCAAUUUAUUACACUAAGUGUAUCACAUAAUUCUCAAACUUAUUCCAAAAAUUCAUAUUAUUACUCAGAGUGUGUCACUUAAUUCUCAAAUUUAUUCCAUGAAUUCAUUUUCUUACACUGAGUGUAUCACUUAAUUCUCAAACUUAUUCUAUGAAUUCAUUUAUUACACUGAGUGUAUCACUUAAUUCUCAAACUUAUUCCAUGAAUUCAUUUUAUUACACUGCAUGUAUCACUUCAUUCUCAAAGGCAUGCAUUAUUUACAUUCGAUGUAAAAUUUUACUGAAAAGCUGAGGUUUUCAGUGCUUCUUUUCCUGGCCUUGGAACAGAAUAAUUAUGGUGGUUGACGGAAAAAGUUAUUGAAUAUUGAAUAUGAUGAUUUAUUUUAUCUGACUCAAUUUAUUUUUGACGAAUUCUUCAAAUUAAUUUCAACUAGGGAUCGGCCAUUAUUUAUCUCUUGGGGCGGGGGGUGGGGAUCAGAUCACGUUCAAAAUGGUGAGAGUUAUUUUAAUAACUAACAAUAUUAGGAUUGUAAAGGGAGGAUUAAUAAUGAUAGAAAAUAAUAUUUAUAAUUAAUAAUUAAUCAUGAUAGAUAAAUAAUGAUGCAAUUGAUAAUGAUACAAAGUAGUCAGGCUGGAAAAUAGUUAAGUAAUAUAUUUGAUAUGCAGUCGUGUGUUCGCAGAGCCAAUAAGAAUUUCAAAAGCAGUUUUCAGGUUAUCAUUCUAUUGACCGACUGAGAGAGAAAACGACACUUUCUCUCUCUUCUACUAGAUUUUUACUAAGUGAUUGGAAAAGGAUCAGGCUUCCUUAGGAAAUUAACCGAACGGAAAUAGAAACAUGUCGUUGUCUUGACAAUUUAAAUUCGACAGAAGUAUUGGCCAAAGUGCGUGACUGUAUACCACUAAAUUAUCAAAAAGACUUACGUACUGUGCAAAGGUUAUUAUAUGUCGUAGCUCGACAAAAAAAUCAAGCUGUCAUUUUGUAGAUGCGAUGUUUAAAAACAUUAAAAGUAUUUAAUUUACCUCUGUUGUUCUAUGUGUGCUGCUCUUAAUCCUGACCAGUUUGUAUCUGGAAUCUGGAAUUAUCCAUCGGACUAUUUAGGAGAAUAAAAAAAAAACAGUUAUCCACAUUUAGACAAUGACUAAUGCUACUCGGAAUAAAUCACUUACUAGGAGUGCUGAACCGGCUGCUUGAAUCAGCAAUUGUCACGAUGUCCUGUUGCAUUAAGUAAGCCAAACCCAAAAGUCGUCCAUAUGGUAAUACAUCAUUCCAACAUUUUGUCGUCAGCCAUUGUAUCUAUAUGGCAUUCAGCCAUGACGUUUAUGCUAUCGUGGCUUUGAAAAAGCCACAAACUCUCCCCAGCCUCCUAACGACACAGAUGUAAUGAGAUGCCUUAUAUGAACGAGACUGACAAGAAGGAUUAAAUGAGGAGCACACAGAAGAUAGAGAAAGUUCAGACAGACAGACGUUAUUCUGACAGCGCGCGCGUUAUUUGUAUUUUGCACUGGUGUACUCGUGUUACAUGAAAAAUGCACUCGUUUUCAGCCAAUCACAUGCGUGUCAUUUUGUCGAGUAUAUCAUUAUUGCCUAUUCAAAUUUACUUUGGUGGACCCAUCCUGAAGUUGAAUUUGAGAAGUGUCUGCUGAAACUCCCCCAUGAGACCAUCAUCAUCAUCAUUACUGCUAUUUUUACAAAUUGUGUAACUGUCAUAUGAUAUUCAAACAUUCACAGUCGUUCACUGUUAUUAUUAUCAUUCUAUUAAUAUUAUUAUGAUUAUUGUUCGAACGUAUAUUUAGUCACUAUAUUCUUGAGUAAUCUUUCUGUAGUGGAACAGGUUACUCCUCAAUAGAACUGACCUACCUAUCCAAAAAGAUAGGUCUUUCCUACGUAGCAUGCCAAUGUUUUUAUUUGAGAGAGAAAUUUAGUCUCUUGGCCCCGGUUGCUUGAAGAUUGGAUAACACUAUCCACUGAAUAAAUCUUUACCCGGUGGAUAACACUCUACGUUUUGCUAUCACUUAUCCGCUGGAUAGCGAUUUAUCCGUCGGAUAGCGUUAUCCACCCUAUAUACAACUGGGCUCAGGACCGUAGAAUGUGAAGACUCUAUGAGGUGUGAACCUCAGGUAUUUCUUCAAUAUUCAACAUACUCUUAGAAGUAGGGUUAUUAUGCUUGUUUAACUCCAAGAAAAAAUACUAGCAAAAUUAUUUUGUUUCUUGGUAAAUGUGUGUUUGUAGGGGAUCGUUGUAAACAUUAUCUAGGGGGUUAGGGGAUACGUAAGCUAAGUGAAGUCGUACCCUCUCCCCCCCUCAAGGUGAAACGGAAGCGAGGGGACCGUUUCACCUUAGGCAGGGGGAGGCUUCGGCUACACGUAGGCUAGAGGAUACGCAUCAACGAAAACUCAACUAACAAUAUCACAACUCAAAAUUAAACCCCUACGAAUGCAUUAGAUGGCACUAAGGUGCUUUGAAGCCAUGGGGUUACUGAUUGAAAUCUGCUUGCGUAUUAUAACUCCCUUCAAGGGAACGUGCUCGUGUUUUCUGGCUUUCCUCUCCAAAUCAACCAGGAACAGGUGCCAGACUGGCCUCGCCAGAGUAUUGUGAUAAGAGUACUGGAAGGAAUAGCAUGAUAGAUCCUAAUAUCUUUAAAGUGGUUAAAUUUCCAUCUUAAAUGGAAGAAUGUCAAACCAAAAAAACAGCCAUUCAGAAAGGUAAAUACCCAAGGCUUCAGGCUCUCUUUCUCUUAAUCUAUUUCCCGCUCAUUUCCCGCCAAAGAAUUCGCCAAUCACUAAGGCAAAUAGUGACGUAACUGUACUGGUUUCAAAGUUCAUUACGAAGGAAACGCCAUUUUGAGUUAUCCGGUCGUGAAAUUGUGGGCACAAUUGAUUUCAUCCGGUUCGGGAUUGUUUUCAUUGGUUCGAUUAACUCAACACUGUUAGGAUAUGCUAGAGUCUUAACCGAGUAAACGCUAUUUGAAGUCAGAGUAAAGGCAGUUAAGUUCCUACGCACUUUCAUCAAUCGGUAUGUAUCUUUCCAAUUUUACCGUGUGAGAAAAUGUUGAAGUUUUUACUGAUAAUUCGAUAUCAGCUGUGUGCUUCUAUAACUAAGACCUGUAUAUGCAUCUGCCUAUUUGUAUUUUCGGCCCCCCAAAAGUUCAAUAUACAGAAGUGAACGCAACCUAAUUUAAUAUUCGAUCGCAUGCUGUAAUACGAAUAUUAAAUAAGCAUGUUUCGUCAACGAACUGGUAUUAAGUGCGCUAAGUACCGUGCAAGCCUUUUUCGAGUAAAGGAAAACAUCUUGAAAACUACUUAACAUAAGAAUACUUGAGAAUAACCAUGUGAAUUUUUAGAGAUACUCUGUGAAAAUGGGUGAAACGUGGGAAUAUUUUGGAAGUGCGUUUGUCAAUAGUUGUUUACAAGGACACAGAUUAUUCCAUAGAAAGUGCGCACGAACGAUUCUUAUUUACGAUUCUUAUUUACGAGUUGCGAUGCUUAAAAAAGAAAAACAAAAAAUAAAAAAAACGAAGAAAUGAGUUUUUUCGAUCCAUCGCACGAGUGAGUGGAAAUCGUUCAAGUAAUUUCCAUUGAUGUUUUGAUUUCAUACAUAUUGAGAUUUUUCUCUUGACGACUGGAAGCCAUUUAAUUGCAAAGCAGAUUUUACUACAAACACCACUAAAUCCGCGCGACAUUCAGUCGCUGUUGACAAUGUAUUUUCACAGUCGGAUUCACUUCUGAUUGGUUGGUUGUAUAUUUGUUAUGAAUUAAUUUAGUGUGGGCUUUUUUUCAUGUGUAAAUCUCAGCAUGAAUGAAAUAAAUUCAAGAUUGCCAUUUUUUGUGUACAUGUUCCAUGCAAAAUCAAUAAGUCAUUUGUUUUUCAUCCAGAUGGAAAAGUUCAAUCUGUAACAAAUAUCAAUGGACACUCUCGCGUUGUAGUUUGAAAUUCAAUUGAGUUGCAAUUAGUUUCCUAUUGUUGGUAUUAUGUCUUUAACGAGAACUUACUGUAUUUUGUUUAGAAAUGGAAUCGGAUGAUAGGCGACAUUUGGAUGUUUCUCCCACCUUGAAAGCAAAAUUGUUGGAGCUUUUAGAGUCGAAAAAACUUCCUUUGGAGGAACUAGCCCAAGCCUUGUACAUUCAUGAUACCUCUCCUUAUGCAACAGUUGCUGAUCUUGUUAACCAGUAUGAAAGCAGAAAUCAAGCACUGACAUUAGAAAAAUGGAAGUUCAUUUUUAAGAAGCUGCAUUUGUCCAAGGAACUUGAAGAUCUUUUGGCUGUGGAUCAGAGUGUAAUGAUGAUUGGUCCAACAGCUGUGGGUGAAGUAAACUGCAGUGGGUCACUACCAGCAGAGAAGUCUCUGCAAGGAACUCAACCUAGUCAGGACUUAGUUGAACCAAGAGGUGUUCCUUUACAAGAUAAGCCUUUUCUUUGUGUGAAUGGUGAGUUUACCUCGUAGUUAAAGAAAAAUCAUGUGUUUCUCAAUGUGUUACUAUGAACUAUAUAUAUAUAUAUGUGACUGCAAACAUGCCUUCAUUUUGACAAUGAUCAAAUGUGCUAUUUAAAGUGUUCCUUUACCUUUCGCCUCUUGGUGCCUGAGUGGUGUAAAGUGAUAACGUCAGCAUUAAAUAUUUUGUUGCCAGUUGAAAAGUUGCUUCUUUAUUUUCCACAAAUCUGGUCUUAGUGCAAUGUAUUGAUAAAUAUGAAGUAACUUCUUGAAAUUCUGCACCUGCAUUUAAAAGGAGUGGUCAUGUAUGUACAUUCAGAAUGUGUGUCAUAAGAUGGAGGUGUUCGAUGACAACAGACUUUGUUUAUACAAGUUUCAUCCUUUUUUCUCAAGAUCAGAAACACUAGACAAUAUGAGGUACUCUUGAAUUUGACUCAUUUACAGUUAACUGAAAAACACACAAAAAUCUAGUUGCCGAGGUAGCAACCAAACCAGAACUUUUAGCAUUUGGUUGCAAUCUUGAGCCCAGCUUUUGUCUAACUUGGAAAUCUGCAUGGUGCUAUAUAUCUUACUUCUUAUCAAUAUUCCAUCAGUAGUCAACCAAAGGUUGCAGGUUUUAUGUACAUUCAUAUAACACCCAUCUUGGUUAUUCAGCUGUAACGUAUUUUGUAAUUUUAAAGGAGAACUGAAGCCUUUUGAUUGAAACAUUUUUAAAUUACAGCUUAGACUUCAAAUGUAAAUGCUUGAACUUUUUGUCAGCCUUUGGGUCCAACUUCACCUCAAAAAAUAGUUUUAUAUGUGCCUUAUUUUGACCUUGUAGAACCACAACACAGAAUUUAUUAAUUUGCCCUGAAAGACUUAAACUAACAUGAAAAACUAUUUGAUUAAUUAGUAAAUUGUUAGGGGAUUUCAUUUGUUCAUUGCAUGUUAAAAAAAAACAUUUUUUUUUUACUCUAACAGAAUAACUGUAGAUAUAAGACUUAUAUGAUUGCAUAUUAAAGAUUGUGAGUAAUAUUAUCAAAACUUUUCUACAUUGUUCAUGUACAUAUUGAGAAUUUGCUGUUUUAUGUUACUUAGUUCUUGUGAUACAUGUUCAUCUGGGAAUCUUUAUUAUGAGCUUAAUGUUUCAUUUCACUCUCAUGUAUGUACUCUUAAGUAUUCAUCUUCUUUUGCUCCAGAUCCUUCCUUAAAAUUGCCAGUAGUUAACCCAAGGGCAAGAGAAGGAGCCAUCCCAAAAACUAAACAGCCUCAGCCUCCACCCAGCACUGUUAAGCCUGACGUUGGGGAGAGAAUGUUGAUUGGUGCACCUGGAAGUCAGUCUGAUUUGAAUCUACCCUCCAUGCCAGGGGAAGAUUUUGGUGAUAAAUGUCCUCAAUCCUGGAGUCUCCACUCUCCAGAGUCAAUUGAAAGUGCUGAGUGGAAUGCUGCUGAUUGUUCAAUUCUUUGUGAUUCUUCAGUACAAAAUGAAAGUCAAGAUACCGGGUUCUUCUCAGGAGAAGGUAACUCUUGCACCCAGACAACAUCAUCAUCAUCCACUGCUCUAUUGUACACACCUGCCACAGGGAAUGAAGAAUAUCAGGACCAAAAUGGUGCCUCUACUGUUAUACCUGAGCCGGGAAAAGCUAAACAUGGGAUUCGAUUGCUGCCAAGCCUCUCAGAGGAUUCCCAAAUGCAGCCUGGUCGUUCAAGAACCCCAGCUAUACUCACUACUCCUGAAAGAGCACAAUCCAAGCUCAGUCCUUCUACUCCAGAUUCUUCAUUAACAAACAAAGAGAAUGACCUGAGAGCAAGGGAAUACCAAGGAGCCAUUCCAAAAAGGAACUGGUAUCAGCCCUCACACAGCACUGUUACGCAUGAUGUUAGGCAGGAUAGUGAGUCAAAUUUAAAUCUACCCUCCAUACAAGCAGAAGAUUUUACGGGCGAUUAUCCUCAAUCUAGUUCCCCUCCUCCAGCAUUGAUUGAAAAUGCUGCAAGAAAUUCUGCUAGUUGUGAAAUCUUUUGUGAUUCCUUGUUACGAAAUGAAAAUCAAGAUACUGAGUCCUCCUCAGAAGAAGGCAACUCCCUCUUCCAGAUGACAUCAUUAUCCACUACUCGAAUGGAUGCACCUGCCUCAGGGCAUGAAGGUAUUCAGCACCAAAACAGUGCAUCUGCCACUGUACCUGAAGGUGGAAAGCUAGAUCACUGCAAAAUAACACCAGCCAGACCCAACACUCCAGAAGGAGCACAACCUGGUAGAAAUUCCCUCUCACUAGUGACUGGACGUCAUAACAACAGGCCAAACCAGACUGGCGAAGAAGAUGACAGAGCUGUAGAACAUUAUGAUGCCACAGAAAAUAAUGGUCUUCUGGAAGAAACAAAACAGGUAAUAAUGUGCUGUUGCACUUACACAAUAAUUUAAUCAUUAUCUGAAAAGAAGGAAAAGCCAAUUAAACCAUGAGGCCUUUGUCUGGGUGUCAGGAAUUUACAGUUUGUAAGAUUUAAGACCAUAAGCAGCUGAAUGUGUUAUUUUUAGGGACUCACACAUAUAAUUAUGUUGAUUGUUUUCCUGGGGGGUCAAAGUUAGGUUGUGUGAGAUGUAAAAUGAAAUACUCAGUUAUAAGUCAGCUGGUUGUCUUGUGUCUGAACUGAAUUCACCUGUGAGGAGAUAGACAAGUGUAUUUUAACAAUAGUGUGGAAUUUUAAUGCAGUGUGGGCCUAAAAAUUCAUAUCUUCAUGAAACUGCUGGAAUUUAACACAAAAUCCCUAGGUUUUAUUAAUACUUGAAAGUGUCCUAUCAAUUCAAAAAUUGUCUGGAAGACACAAUAAUAAAUCUUAUAUUAAAACAUAAUUUAUUAUUUGUAAGAUGCUUGCAUUUCUUAAACUUAGACUGUGUCAUCAUGACUUUUUUUCAGGAAUUAGAAUCUUCAGAGAAAAGUGUCCUGUAUCUAACAAAGGUAAGUUGCGCAUAAAUCAAUAGAGGAUUUUUAAGUAUUCUGUUGAAAUUUUAAUUGAGUUUAUGAUCCAACCUGUUAUAAUUUUUUUAAAUAUUUGUACUGUUACCAAAAGAGAAAAAGAUCUGGAUAUCAUGCCUCAACCUUAAUCUGUGUAAUUAUUAAAACUUUAAAUAGUGGCAAUGCCUUUUCCCCAAGUGUUUGGAAGAAGCUGCUUGCAUCAAAGAGAAAUAAAGGAUUUCCUAAUAGUGUUUGCACAAUAACUUUUCUUUAGCUGUAGUUAAUCCUAGCUUCAUAUUUACAUAAUACACAGUUUGCCACUAAAUCUUUGUGUAGUGACACUUUUCCCCCCUUUUCUUUGCUAUAUGGAAUUGGCAGCAAUUGGUAAUUAUUUUGAAAUUAAUUUGUUUUAUUUACUUUGUUAUUGGUUGCCAUAUAAAGGUCUGGAUGAAACAUGUUGUGAAAUUUUGAUUGUUUAAUCAUUUUUACUAAAAAGCAGGUAUUUCUUCUACUUGUAAUAUGGAGGCAGUCAAUUGCAUUCAAUCAAACAUCAAUCAAAUACCAACUUAAGGUAUUACAUAGAUUAUAACAAAAAUGGAGGGCGCAUCAUGCAAUGGUCUUAUUUUGAAUUGCCUAACUUGAUAUUGUAAUCAUUUUAUCAGAAAUUAAGAGAAAAGGAGUCAUUUUGCCAAACUCUCAGGGCAGAUCUGUUCCAGUCAAGGCAAACUUUGGAGGUAUGUCAAGAGUGAGGAGUUGAAGAGGCUAAAGGGAGCUAUUCAAGGCAGUUUUAAGUGCUUUUUAUGUUUAGACUCAUUGUAAUAGGCAGUUAAUUAAUGGCAACUCCAGGGGGCCAGGAGGUGAAAAGUGCCUUCAUUGGCUUGAAAUGUCUCUGACCUUUAAAUGGUUUAGCAAUGGUCAUUUACAGUACAACUGUCUAUUCUAUUGUGUUACUGUUACUGUUACUAGUUGAUGUGGUGUAGUCAACCUUUGAGAUUUGUAUUCAUUAAUUAUUUCCACCUGUGACUUCUGUGUAUACCAGUUCUCUUUUAAUUAUGAUUGGUUUGUUCCAGGAAUCCAGACAGCAGUAUGCCAAUUUAAGGAUUUUCAGUGAUAAUUUACAGGCAGAAAAUGAAGAGGUAAGACAAAGCAUCAUACAGUCAAGCAGAAAGAACACUUGUGUAGAUCCUUAGCAAAUCCUAACAUUUUGGCUCUCAGUUAAGGAACUUUCAAUCACUUCCGAAAAUCCUUCAAUGGUUUUUCUUUUAAGUAGAUGCUAUAACAACUAUUCCUUUUUGUUGAAAAAUAUUAAGGAACCUAAAUUACAGGAAAAAAAAAAAAGAGAAUUAUACCAAUUAUUACAACUGCUGCAAAAAAAUCAUCCUUUAAGCUUCCAUAAUUAUAUCAGAUAAAAAGGAAGCACUAAAUAUUACUGCUGUAAUCAGUGCUCAUUGUUUAAUCUACAUCUAAAUAGCCUUACUUCCAAGGAAAAUUUAGUUUAUUUAGAUAGGUAUUCAGUCUUUAUAUUUAGUUAAGUAUUACUUGUAUUUACUUAAAGUUAGUCCUCUGAAAUGUAAUAUGAGACAGAUAUCUCAAAGUUAUUUUAGUUUAAGACUAUAAUAUUUAUAAGACUGAUCAUCUUAAGUUAAGGUGAAGUUGAAGUUUGCCAACUUAGAAACUAUUAUUUCUUUUCUUUCAGCUGAGGAGAAGUUUGGAGGAACAGCAGCGUUUGUCAAAUAGGAUACUUGAGGUUUGGUUUGCACUUUGAUUGCUUCAGUAUUGAGCUCUGAAUAUCAUUCUCUGAUUUACGACAUGAGAAUCUAGCUGUGGACUUAAUUAUCACAGCACUUCUCAGGAAUCAACAUUUCUUGAAAGAUUUCUAGUGAAAUAUUUGCCUACAUUUGAGUGAGUGUUUUUUGUAUGUUUGUUUGUUUGUCAGGUUGUUGAUGUUGUUUUUGUACUGACUAAUUGCAGCUCAAGUUGUCCCAGGCAAAAUAGUUUUUACUAGUAGCAACAUGUACCUUCAAUGCAUAGUCUUGUUGCACAAGCAACCAUUUAGCAUUGAGAAGCAAUUUCUCUCUUGACAUUCCUUGUGGUUCUCUGUUUCCUUUUCCCUAUUUGACUGUCCUGGAGUGAUAUCACUUCAAAAAAUAAAAACCAUUAAAACUCUAGAAAAUUAACCAAAAUUUAAUGUUUACACAUGUGAUAAUUAAUUGUUUCAGGAAAAUUGCAGGUUCAGGCUAUUACUGGCUAGGCAAGCAGGUGGUGUUGCUUUUGAAGGAAGCAGUGUAGCUGUAGGAGAGGACAAUGCAUCAGAUUGCAGCGUAAGUGCAAUUUUUAACCAUUUGAUGAUUUAAAAUGUCAUAGUUCUAAUACAUAAAUGGUUGCAUUUGGCAUCAAAGUGGCUAGUGUUAUAUAAUGUCCAAGCUGCUUGGCGUUACCAUACUUGAUCUGUACUUCAAACCAUGGAAUCUUAUUGGUAUCUUGGGCUUGAAGAGGCGAGGUUAUGUAUCCAUAAUGAACCUUGGUACUUAGCUUGAUCUAGAGUUCUUUUACCAAAUUUCUGGGUGCUGUAAUUUAAAAGCCUUUUAAAAACGUCAGGGUAUUCUUUCUUUGGCUAAAUUUAACAAUUAUUUUGUCUUUUUGAGCUGACUCUAGCUGCAGCGUUUUCUGAAUAAAUUAGUAAAUAUACCAACCUACAUUUUACUUCUUAGGAAUUUAUAGUCCUUAUAAAUGAAAUCAAAUAGUCAUCAACUCCUCAUUUCCAGAUAGAUAAUGUUGAAAUGUUUUUGUCUUUGAGCAGGAGGUUGAACCAGAAGCUGAUGAGCAGCCAGGUCCAUUUCCUUAUCACCAAGAGUCAGGUAAAUUUUCAGUUGUUAUACUGAGGUGAUUAAAUGUCAAAAAGAGCUGGGUAAACGUUUUUAAACAGUAAACUUAAUUUUCCAAGCUACUAGUUGUAAUUAUUCAGGGUAAUUAAUACAUUAUUAAAUUCUAAUAUGUUGAAGUUAUGAUGUGUUCAAAAUUAGAAAGACACUCACUAUUUUGGCCCAAUGCAAACAAGAGAAAGUUGAUGGUGACUUAGUUGUGGGGGUUCUGUAACAUGGAAUGAUCAGGGCUAUUGUUACUCCCCAGCAUAUUUCUAAGGCUUCUCAUGAGCUCAUUGGAGUGUAAGGCUCUGGGAAAAACUAUUGCACCUAUGUCUUCUGAAGGUUUUGUCACAUUCGUAAAACUAUGAGAGAAGUUUAAAAUUUAUUUAUAUGAUUUGUUUAAGACUUUGAAGAUUCCGGUGAUGACGAGUUCUUUGACGCACUAGACCACUGACUCCUGUUAAUGCAAAGUGAGAUACCAUGUUUGCCUCAGAUGGCAGUUUAUGGGCUGAGAAAAUAAGUUGAUGUUGUAAAUAUUUAAAAACUAGAUACAUACCUGUAGGUGCUUGUAAUGGUACAACUAGGCGUAGUCUACAUUCAGUUUUUUCACACAUUUCAUGUAGAAUUUUCGAUGUGAAAGGCAUGUGGAGAAUUUAACACACAGUGCUUUUACAUGCUUUUAAAUUAGUUCUUGAAGCCUCCGUGUGAAAAAAAGAUGUAAUUAUGCUUGUGCUCUAGAGCCUUGACAACAAUCUGUACAUGAGCAAACAUGAAUUUAACUCUUAGGCCUUAUAGGUAGUGCUUGUGUAACAUGUGCUAUUAGUUUUUGUUAAUAUUUGACACUUUGUCUAAUAGCUGUCAAAAGGUUUGGUGAUUUCUUGUACUCAAUCAUAGAUUAAUGGAUUGUGUGUGGACAUUUUUAAUAAUGGAAGAUCCUUCCAAAAAUUCUCAAUGAAAGAAAAAAAAUUAAUAGAUUCAUGGAAAAACACAAAAAUUAGCUUUUCCUCUACCGGAGACAUCAAUUUUAUCUUGCAAUUUGGCGAUUCCGUAGAUGAAUUGAAAUGUACAAUCAGCAUUCAAGAAAACUAGCAUCUGUAAUGGUGCGCUUUUCCAAUCUUCAGUCAUAAGAUGAUGAUAAUGUAUGAUAGGCAUAAACGUACAUGUAUGUCAAUUUUUGGUAACAUAUACCGCAUGAGAUUUUAGAAAAAAAAAUACAGUUAGCAUUAAAACGUUUCUUGAUUGAUCAUUUAUGAUAGAGAACAAAUGAAUAGUUAUUCAGUGACAUAUACCUAGUGAGAUUUUAGAGAAAAAUGCAGUUGACAUGAAAACAUUCUCUAAGUAAUAAUUUAUGGUAUAGGGUUAAUGAACUGAUAUUUGUAGAUAUAUUUAUGAUAGACAGUUAAGGGACAUUAAGGCAAAAGCCAUUUUGAGAAUAUUUUGAAAGUAAUAUGUUGACUUAUUUAGAGAGAACAUGAUUCUAUUUUAACGGCAAAAUUUUUCCAAUAGCCCUAGAACUAUUUUUAUCAAAAUAUAGUGUCUUAAGCAAUUGACUGUAUAAUUUUUUUCUCCUUUUAUAUUAUUUUAUUUUCAGUUUGUAACAAUUGAUAAAUUAAAUGUCGCAAGUGAAGAUGUAAAUUAUCGAAAUGUAAACCUUCGCUCUGACGUGACUGCAUACCACAAAUAGACAAGAGUUAUCAAAUCAGUCUUACGUUCUGUGAUUAAAAGGUUAAUGUAUGUCCUAGCUAGACGAAAAAUGAAGCUGUAUGGCUUAGAUGUGAUUUUGAAAACAUUAAAAUUAUUUAGUUUAUCUAUGUUGUUCCAUGCUUGUCUCUGUAAUCUAGUAUUAUCUAGGGAAAAAGUCUUCUUUAUCUAAAAUUCUUCCGUAUUAUUUGUCAAAAAUUAAUUAAUUGAAAUAAAUUAGGACUUCUUCAUUUACUUGAAGUUCUGAACCCCACUGUUCAAAUCAGUCACUAUGUCACGUUGAUUGCCUUCAGAAAAGACACAAACUCUUCCUUGUCUCCUAAGGACACAGAUGCCCGCACAGAUAAG